UAAGCGCCAAUCGUGUUUGUGGCCUCGUUAAUGUAGAUAGUCACGGAGUAUCCAACAAAGUUAUCGUACAAAGUACUUACAUAUCUCCAAAAAUAGCGAUUGCCGAUACGCAUUGAAAACAGUCAGGGGAUAUUGACAACGCGUAUUCGGUUAAAGAGACCGCCUUCUGGUCGAAAAAAAGAAACGCAUCGCGAUAUUUUUCUUUUAUAAAAAAAAACAAAAUGGGUCCACAAAGUGAAGAGCGAUCUGGUUUCAUCACGUGUAUGAAUGUAGUGAAUUCAAUAACUCACUGGGUCCUAGGUGCGGUGGCCAUACUUGCCAUUACUUUUAAUAGCAUGUUCGCUGGAUCUGCACAUUUCACUCAACAUGUAUAUCUUUGUGUAAUUGGCUACAUCGUCCUCAUGGCUCAAGGUAUUCUGACCUUCAGCCCUCACACCGGCUGGACGAGAAGCAUGCGGUACCAGGACAAGAAAGUUAUACACUGGGUCAUACAGGUUGCCGGGUCUAUUUUAGCUGUCACUGGCAGCAUCAUUCGAAUAGUCAAUGUCUCGAAUAACUUCCAAACGCCACAUGGGAUUCUUGGCCUCAUCGCAAUGAUUUUCACCGUCUUGAGUUUAAUCGGAGGCGUCAUCGGUCUCUUCAGCAAAACGGCCGCCAUCAAAAUUGGGCAUUCCUUCGCUGGAUCCGUCACACUCAUCGCAGCUUUCAUUUGCCUCUGCCUAGGCUUUGACAAAACAGUGGUUAGGCUCCAUCUUAAUGAUACUAUAGCUAAUUUAGCCAUCGCUUUUACUGUUAUAGGUCUAGUGGGGACUUUGUGCUCUGCUGCUAUGUCUAAUUUUAAUAGAAUUGUGUUACGAUAGGCAGUUAGUACUUGAAUUCCGCGUGUUGAUAAUUUUAAAAGAAGGUAUUUUAAUAUGAAUAUGCAAUUAAUUCUAAAAUUGUAUUUAUAAGUUAAAUAUUUCUGAAGUAAGGUACAGUUAAAGGCAUCAUUUCGACUAAACACUGAACUGAACGUUUGAUGCGCCUUCGUGAAACACUAUUGGUUGAAGAAAUCGAAUUCCGCUCGAGAUUGGUUACGUAGGAAUUCUAUCUAGUCCUUACGAAUGAAUAAGUCAAUAAAUUAGCUUUGUUAUUUAGCUUACAGUAUUUAAAUUAGGGGCUUAGUUAAUAAUCAUGACAUUAAAUGAGUAAAAUGACUAUUAUAUUACUAAAGCUUUAUUAUCUAUUUAACCUUAAAUUAAUUAAGUAUCUACUAUUUACAUAAAUCAAUACUAAUGAAUACUUUUUAUACUAAUGUUCAGGACUGCAUAUGCGCAAGAUCCUGACCUAAUAGUAAUUAAAUAAUUAUUAAUUAGGUACUACACAAUUAAUAUUUAAAAAAAUUAUACAUUCAAAUAAAAUGUAAAUAUCACACCAAUAUACUCAUUUUAAUAUAUUUACCUACACAUAUUAUACAUUUACAUACAUUGUAAAUAGUACCUAUGUUUUAUACACUAUGUUUCACGAAGAUCCGAAAAUUUAGCAAAGUGUAUGUUAUUCUAAAACUGAAUGUUUUAUAUUUCAGGGUUAGAAUAAAUUUAAAGGUGUAAAAUGUGUGCCUUGGGUGAGGCUAAACCUAACGGCACCUGGAUCGAUACUACAGCGCUCUGCCGAUUGAGCCGUGGCAUCGAUUGCAGAUUGCUUGUCAAAAAAUUUAUUAUUUCAGCUUCUUCGUGAUACAUCGUGUAGGUAUAUAAGCGUCGCUUACGUAACCAGAUUAUAUGAUUCAGGAUAUACCCAUGUAUGUUUAGUCAUUUUCUCAGUAGAUACGUCAGUGUAAUUGAAUAAAAAAAAACGUAAUAAUUAUACUGAUUGCAUUUAUUGCAAUUGCGAAUAGUAGA